UAGCAAACUGAUUAAAAUAAUAAUAAUAAAAACCAGUUCCCAGUAAUAGGUUACCUCUGUAGCGCCUGGCUACUGGUUUCUUCCCAUCAGUCUCUGAACAUGAUGCAGUGAUGGUUUAUGAUGUUCUUGUGCUGAGGUGUGUAAAUGUGUCUACGUGUCUGAGUCCCUGUAUAAUUCAUAAAGAUAAACACGUCUGGGAUAAGUGUAUCGUAGUUGUUUAGUUGUGUUCCAACCCGAACAAGCAGUCGUCUGAGUUUUAAGUUUCCCUCCACCACCGCCAGAGGGCGACGUAAUCCACACUCAAGUCUGAGAAGCACAAGCUGUGAAGUUAUUUGGCUCUUACAGCUUCGCACGUUGAGUCAAAAUCGUCUCUCAUACGAGAAUUAGUCAGGCGUUCGUAAUGAAUUAACGCUUGUUUACGUGAGUAAUAAUGCACAGUCUUGAAAUACACACGAGACGCUACGUAGGGGGUAACGGAAGCGUGAAACGUACACAACACUGUGCCUUAUUUAUUGUAGGUCUAUUUUAAAGUGUCUGUGUUUUAAAGAUAGUCUGUCCUUACAGUGUUACUCCUUUAACUGGCGCUGUGUGUGUGUGUGUGUGUGUGUGUGUUAGUUAGUUUAAGGAAAGCUGUAUGAAGUGAUGGACGACCACACGGUACAUCAGGCGGAGCACAUGACCACCAUCGAGGCCCAUGCUGUUUCUCAGCAGGUUCACGUGUCCACUUACACAGAGCACAGCAUGCUCAGCGCUGACGAGGACUCGCCGUCGUCCCCUGACGAUGACACGUACGAUGACUCCGACAUCCUAAACUCAGCAGGAACAGAUGAGGUUACAGCACAUUUGGCGGCUGCAGGUCCAGUCGGCAUGGCUGCCGCCGCUGCUGUGGCAACAGGGAAGAAACGCAAGAGACCACACAUCUUUGAGUCCAAUCCAUCAAUACGCAAAAGACAGCAGACUCGCCUGCUCAGGAAGUUGAGAGCAACACUGGAUGAAUACACCACACGGGUCGGUCAGCAGGCCAUCGUCCUCUGCAUCUCUCCGUCGAAGCCCAAUGCCGUGUUUAAGGUGUUUGGUGCUGCUCCACUCGAGAAUGUGGUCAGAAAGUAUAAAAGUAUGAUUCUGGAGGAUCUGGAAAAUGCUCUCGCUGAACACGCACCACCCGGGGGCGGAGACCUGAGCUCUGAACUACCUCCACUUACCAUUGAUGGCAUCCCAGUGUCCGUGGAUAAAAUGACACAGGCUCAGCUUCGAGCUUUCAUUCCUGAGAUGCUGAAAUAUUCGACAGGUCGGGGGAAACCUGGCUGGGGUAAGGAGAGUUGCAAACCUGUUUGGUGGCCAGAGGACAUUCCCUGGGCCAACGUGCGAAGUGAUGUGCGUACAGAGGACCAGAAACAGCGGGUGUCAUGGACGCAGGCCCUGAGGACGAUCGUUAAGAACUGCUACAAGCAGCAUGGCAGAGAGGACUUACUCUACGCAUUCGAAGAUCAGCAAGUCACACCUCAGCAGGUUGCUGCAGCAGCGGCGGCGGCAGCGGCGACGCACAGCAUCGCACACCUGGUGCCUUCACAAACAGUCGUUCAGACAAUCAGUAACCCUGACGGGACCGUCUCGCUCAUCCAGGUGGGCACUGGGGCAACUGUAGCCACGCUGACUGAUGCUUCAGAUUUGCCCGGCACUGUUACUGUUGCCCAGGUCAACUAUUCUACAGUGGCAGAUGGGGAGGUUGAACAGAAUUGGGCAGCGCUGCCGGGAGGCGAGAUGACCAUUCAGACCACGCAAGCAUCUGAGGCGACACAGGCGGUAGCUUCUUUAGCCGAGGCCGCUGUCGCUGCUUCCCAAGAUAUGCAGCCAGGAGCAACCGUAACCAUGGCACUCAACAGCGAGGCAGCAGCCCACGCUGUGGCAACGCUGGCUGAGGCGACUCUUCAAGGAGGGGGACAGAUCGUGUUGGCAGGAGAGACAGCAGCUGCAGUAGGAGCCCUCACUGGAGUGCAAGAUGCCAAUGGUUUAGUGCAGAUUCCCGUGAGUAUGUAUCAGACUGUAGUUACCAGUUUGGCCCAGGGAAAUCGGCCUGUUCAAGUCGCCAUGGCUCCUGUUGCCACACGCAUCGACAACACAGUAACACUGGAUGGGCAAGCUGUGGAGGUUGUGACUUUAGAACAGUGACGCAAGUGUGUUGGGUCGAAACCUGUGCCCUCCCAUGAAUGGAUAUUUUUAACGGGGAAUUAAAAGUUAUCAAGGAUUGUUUUUUUUUUUUUAGUAGUGUAACCGUUGCUUCAAAUAAUAUUUGGAUUUUUUUUUUUUUGUCGUCCUUUGUGUUUCUAGUCAUAGGAUGUAAAUGGACCAAAUAACUGGACCAAAUUCAGAGUGGCAUCAUCGGCAGCCCCUGAAUAAAAUUCUUCUACAUUUGUUUUGUCCUAGCCAAAAAUCCUUCCCCCCCCCCCUUCGGGUUUACUUCAUCUCCACGUUGCUUUCUGAAUGUGUUUGUGCCAUUUUACUUACACUUUUGUGGUCAUAAGUCAUAAACUGUGCUCGUUUGUUUGCAUUGUGAUCAAACUGAUGUAGGCCAGCAGAAGAAGAGUGUACUUUAAGUGUUUUUGCAUGUCUCACACAAAUUUAAUCUACAGAAUACAAAUAUGUCCCUGAAUUUACUGAGGUGUUCUUGUUGCACCAGAUGUUUACCACAGAGUUCAAGUAUUAUCUGGCAACCAGAAAGGUCUUUUCACUGUUUAAUACAAGCACACUGUUGAAGUACGAAAAGGAUUUCAAAACUCCCGUCGAGCCUCAUCUUCAUCUCUCCAUUUUCAAACCAUUUCUAAAUGCUCAGUAUGGUUGAGUAGUGUACCGUCACGCAUCUUUUAUGAUAUUUGCAUCCUGUAAAUCUAAAUCGGCUCAGUCUGAAUUAUAACUGUUCCUCCAUGACUGCUCAUUGACUUUUAUUCGCUAAUUUAAAUAACAUUUUCUCUCUCUCACAUACACACACACACACACACACAAAAAAAAAGUUCUUCACUGUUCCAUGCCAGAAAUAGCUCUGUAUUUGUGUUUUGUUGUACAUAAAGAUGAAGCUUGUUCUGUGAGACUAUAAACUUACUUUUAUAACGUUGUUGAACGUUCUGGAAGCUCUUCACGAUUGAUAUCGUCUGUAAGGCUGAUUGUCCAGCAACCUUUUUUUUUUUUUUUUUCUCUUUCACUUGAUGCAUGGAUGUUCUGGCAAACUAAACUGAUCCUUGAUUAUAUCUUAAAAUGCAAUGCAUUAUUUUAAUUACAUAGUUUUUCUUGCAGUGACGGCAGAUACAACAUCUGUAACAUCAGCACGCCUGUCUUCCAUCUAAUCUCAUUAUGUCCACAGGUGUUUUUGAUCAGCGGGAACAAAUUAGCUUGCCUUAUAAACUUCGAUCCGUUUCCUAUUUGGGAGUGUCCGAGUUUAAAGCCGUUCUGCUCUUGUGGAGGAGAAAAACAUGCACCCAGGCUGUAGUAAUUCCAGAUUAUUAACAGCGGUAGAUCAGUUUCAAAACAGUUUUCUUUUUUCUUCAGUGUAACUUAACCAAAGAUCUGUUGUGAUUUGUGAUCAGCUGUAAGAAUUUGACACUGGUGGAGCAUUCCUGUGGCUGGGGGAUACUCACGCAUGUAUCAAUCUGGAGCUUUGUUAAGAUUUAAGACACUUUGAGGUUUCUAGCCUUGCUCUGGUCACUUUCUGUCCCAUUUCCAUCCACACUCAUGCUCAUUACAGCGGUCAUGUUUUAGUGUGACUUAAUAAAAACAAUAUCUCCCCCUGCA